AUGUCAUCCUCUAUGCACCUAUCCAGAAUGCGAAAAUGGCUCGCUUCAUCUCCGCCAGUCGAAUGGGGAAUGAAUGGUGUUCGGGAGUUGUUGAUUGGGGCCCUAAAACAAGGCCCUAUCCCACAACAUGUGGCCUUCGUGAUGGACGGAAAUAGAAGAUUCGCUAAGAACCAUGCUAUCGAAAGGGUAGAGGGUCACAAUUUGGGGUUCGAAGCGUUAGCCAAAAUACUCGAGGUGUGCUACAAAACUGGCGUUAAAGUCGUGACUGUCUACGCGUUUAGCAUUGAGAAUUUCAAACGUUCAAAGUACGAAGUAGAUGCACUGAUGGAGAUGGCCAAGGUGAAGCUAUCACAGUUAUCACAACACGGCGAUUUGCUUGAUAGAUAUGGUGCUAGUGUUCGAGUACUGGGUAGGAGAGAGUUGGUUAAGCCUGAUGUAUUGGAAGCUAUUGAUCGAGCCGUUGAAGUAACGAGCCGAAAUGGUGAUGCGAUUCUCAAUAUCUGCUUUCCUUAUACAUCGAGAGAUGAGAUUGCCGCCUCUAUUCGAAAUACCGUGACCGAAUACAGUACACCUCUUGACCGCUCGGCAUCGAAUGGCUCCCGCAGACAGUUUUCGAAAUCGCGAAUUGCUGAAACUAUUCGAUUACAAACACCUAGUGCCGAGCCAGAAUGUCGGGAGCUUGAUCUCCCGUCAGAGGACGAGGGAGGUAGUUGUCACGGUGCCGCCUCGCCCUCGUCGCUUUCUUCCGCAACAACUAUUCAGGCCCCUGAGACGAUACUUAAGACUGCUACAGUUUCCGGACCCUACACUACAUACCCUCCCAAUAGCGACCAGCUUAUUUUCCUAUCCCCAGAGACCAUUACCACCCAGACUCUCAAUGACCAUAUGUUUACCGCCGAUAACCCAGCACUAGACCUAUUAAUCCGGACAUCAGGUGUACAGCGAUUAAGUGACUUUAUGCUUUGGCAAUGUCAUCAGGAUACUGAAAUUGUGUUUUUGGAUACUCUCUGGCCGUCUUUUGGCCUUUGGGAUUUCUUGCCGAUUCUUUUGGAAUGGCAGUGGCGGGUUCGAAAACAAGGACGAACCCGGGACAUAGAUGACGCUCGUGCUCUUAGUACUCGCGACGGGUAUUCAUUGAGCUUGCAGAACGGUUGGUCUUCUGAUGAAGAUGCCCUAGGGAAGAUCAAAGCUUUGUAA